CCACAAUGACAUUCACAUAUGCAUCAGAACUUUAGCAGAAGAGGGUCUGAAUAGGUUAGUCGUCCUACCACUGUCAAACGAAUAUGUUUUUUGCCACGUCCAGUAUUCAUCAAAGCGAGUAUUGAGUGAAAUGUGUGAAUCUGCCGUCUGUGCUGCAAACAAACUCUUUUUCGGAUAAAAGUUCCGCCUUAUUGGCGACUUCCAUACUUUCAGCGGUUCUUACGAUGGAACGUGAAUCAGUGGAAACUAGGAAUGGAAAGACCGCAACCCCAGGAAGACAUCCAUCGAAUUCGGUACUGAAGGAUGAGAUGACCACGUCUCCAAUCAUAUCUUUAGGGGUUGAGAGGCAACAUUCAAAAUCCGACGAACAUUACCAAAAUGGUUAUUCGCAGUCACAUCAGAAACAAUCUAGGACCCCCGGUGUAGAACCACUUUUUACCCGACAACACUGCGCAACUCCAGCAUCGAUCCAAGAGGAAAUGAAGAAAUGCUCUGACGAGCGUGAAAAAGCUGACGUUCUGUUACGGGUGCUUGAGAAGCAAAAGACCGAAGCCAAUGCUCUCUCCGAACUUCAUCGUCAACUCAACAUGACACAGAAAGCUGACGAACUGAAGCGACUUGCCGACCAAAAUGCGUAUUCUAUCGCCGUAUUUAACCGUCGUCUACAACAACGUCGUCAGAUUCCGUACACAUUCGAACUUAUCAAUAUGCCACAGGCCAAUGUGAACGUUGAUUUGCCACCGAAUGUUCUUGAGGUUGCCGAGAUUCGUGCCGUCGAUUACCGUAUACCUUCAGAUUGUGGGGUCACUCUAGAAUCCUAUGUGCAGCUUGAAAUAGCCUAUCCAUCCGCGAAAAAAAUGCAAAAGGUCAAAACUGACUGGAUCAGAUAUCUGAAUGGGAUAUGCUACAAUCCAGUGCCAAUGCAGUUCACCAUCGAUCCAACCUCAGAUGCUUAUGCACAACUGCUGAAACUGAAGGAACAGCUCAAGGCAACAGUCUAUUACAACCGGGGGUUAGCCAAAAGAGCUGGGAUUUUCGGAUGGACAUACUUCACCAUUUCCGACUUACUACAAUCAGCCAAUGUCCGUUUGACAACCAAUUUAAACGCUGAGGGUGGCGUUAUUCCGGGCUACUUGAAACUUCACCUUCGACAAAGAACUUCGGUGCAGGGUCCAAAUUUUAUCCCUCGUCGCAAGCCCUGGCUGAAGCUCGUAGUCGAGGACAUAACAACGCUGAAUAGUCCACCGACGUUUGCAGAGGUUCGGCAGCCAACUCAGUGUCCUGUGACAAAAGCUUUCAUCACCAAUCCACAAGAUGUCCCCGUACGGUUGACUCGCCCCAGCCGCGACAUUCUAAGAGAAUUGGAACAGUUUCUCAAUAAUCCAAAAUGUCUACGUGUCAAAGUUCCCGUACUUCGCAGCCAAAUGGAUACUCUGUAUGAACAGUACAAAGCAGGCAAGCUAGAGAGUCAUCAGGUGUCAUCCUACAUUGACGAGCUAAAGUAUCUCCUAAACUGCUACAAACGUGGUAGGAAGGAUGCUGAAGGUCAGACGGAUAUGCAACUUUUUAAGCAGUUUUUAAAACGGGAGAUGUUAAUCCAAAACGAAAUAGAUCGAUACAACAUGGGAUCCCUGAUGGAAAAUGGUAUUCAGUCAUCAAAAAGCAAAACAUGUUCUGAAAGUAAAUUCGGGCCCGAGCCUUCGAGGACGCUGGAAUCCACCCCCGGUCAAACCCGACGGGCUCAUACGUACCAGGUGAUAAACAACGAAAAUCAGCUACUACAAACUUCUGACCAUCGACUGGUUCUCGGGGAAGUCAUCACAACUCCCAACAGUUUAGAAGAGCCGUCGCUGGUACGCAUACACCGCAACAAGCGUGAUGUGAGAUCUCCACACAACGGGAAAAAUAUCCGAUCCUGGGGCCACUCAUCCAAGGACCUUCCAACCUCGGCCAUUCUUCGAAAAGGCGAUGGUCAAGCAAGAAGGACUCGCGAAUCGAAAGACUCUCUUUUAGUUUACACUAAUGAUUUCAGUUGAACUCCCACAGUCACACCUGUAAGCAGCUUGCUACUUGCGUACAUCCUCAACAAUUUACUGGCAAUACAUCCGUAUAUUAAAG